GGAAGCCGGCGUGGAGCGCGCCUGUACUGGCGCGGAGACCAGCGUGGCAGGUACUCAGUGGGCGGCGGGAAGUUUGCUGCAGAGGCGGGAUCAAAGCGACUCCACGCCGACUGAGACCCUCUCUGCGUCCCCCAUAUGACGGAGGUGUGAACUGGGAAUUGUGGCGCAAGAGCGUCUUCUAGGGGCCGCGAUGUGAGAUCCUAGCCCUGGUACCCCAAAGUCCUCUUGGCUUCCUGUCACACUGUUUACCGACCCUCUCGGCUUCCCUCAGCCUUGCCUGAGCAGGCUUGCUCUGCAAGCUGGGACAUGUCCGGUCCCCAAGGACCUUCCGUGGGUGAUGGCUGCAGUGUUGGAGGGGCUGGAGCCAGAGGAAACUGCAGCUGCUGCGGAGGAUGCUGCGAGACCCGCUGUGGAGGCUUCGGAGUCCAGGCCUGGUGCACCGUUUCUCCUGGUUGGGAACCAGUUGAACUUGGACCUACGCCCUGGGGGCUGCCAUCACCUGCAGUACCUCUGUUCCCAGAAGCCCCCACAACUGCUGCUGGUGGAGUUCUUGCGGCUCAGCACCCACGAGGACCCUCAACUGCUAGAUGACACCCUAGCUCAGGUUCCAUGGAAUCUGUUGCGCCUUCGUUCCCUGGUCCUUAAAGGCGGCCAGAGUCGGGGUGCCCUGGGUGCCUGCCUCCAUGGGACCUUGACCACUCUGCCUCCUGGCCUGAGUGAGUUAGCCUGCCUGGCCCACCUGGACCUGAGCUUCAACAGGCUGGAGACCCUGCCGACCUGUGUCCUGGAACUGCUCAGCCUGGAUGCGUUGCUGCUUUCCCACAACUGUCUCUCAGAGCUGCCCGAGGCCCUGGGGGCCCUGCACACCCUUACCUUCCUUACUGUGACACACAACUGCCUGCAAAGGCUCCCCGCAACACUGGGGUCCCUGUCCAACCUUCAGCGUCUUGAUCUCUCUGAGAACCUUCUCGACACCAUACCCUAUGAGAUUGGAGACCUGAGGAGCCUCAGGGAACUCAAUCUAGCCUCCAACCGGCUGCAGUAUCUCCCAGCUUCCCUUGCGGGGCUGCGGUCCCUGCGGCUCCUUGUUCUGCACAGCAACCUCCUGACCUCCGUGCCCGCUGGUUUGGCCCACCUGCCACUGAUCGAUCGGCUCGACCUGAGGGACAACCAGCUCCGUGACCUGCCUGCUGAGCUGCUGGACGCUCCCUUUGUGCGCCUGCAGGGGAACCCUCUGGGUGAGGCCUCUCCAGUGCCCCCAAGUCCCCCAGACAUAGCCCAGAUGCCAGAAAUGCCCAAGCUCUUCCUGACCUCAGAUUUGGACAGCUUCCUUGUGACUCCCCAUGGCUGUUCUGUGACCCUGGCCUGUGGUGUCCGCCUGCAGUUCCCAGCAGGAGCCACCACCACACCCAUCACCAUCCACUAUCGACUGUGGUUGCCCGAGCCAGGCCUGGUCUCUCUGGGGCCUCAUGACUUCCUGCUCAGUGGUGUCCUGGAGCUGCAGCCUCAUGGGGUGGCUUUCCAGCAGGAUGUGAGCUUAUGGCUACUCUUUGUCCCUCCACGAGUCCGUCGCUGCCGUGAAGUGGUUGUGAGGACACGGAGUGACAACAGCUGGAAUGACUUAGAGACCCAUCUGGAGGAAGAGGCACCCAAGAGGCUCUGGGCUCGCUGCCAGGUACCCCACUUCUCCUGGUUCCUUGUUGUUUUGCGUCCAGUUUCCAACGCUUGUCUGUUGCCACCAGAGGGAGCACUCCUGUGCUCCUCAGGUCACCCUGGGGUCAAAGUCACUUUCCCCCCUGGGGCCACAGAGGAGCCUCGGCAAGUCUCCAUGCAGGUGGUACACAUGGCCGGACUAGAGCUGAGAGCGCUCCUGGAAGAAGCUGAGGCAUCAGUAAGCCCCCUGCUGUGCCUUUCACAGAGCGGCCCUCCCAGCUUCCUGCAGCCAGUCACUGUGCAGUUACCCUUGCCUGCUGGCGUCACAGGCUUCAGUCUGGACCGCUCCCACCUGCAUCUGCUGUACCGAACGCCCCUGACAGCCACCUGGGACGAUAUCACCACUCAGGUGGCACUGGAGCUCACUCACCUGUAUGCACGCUUCCGGGUCACGCACUUCUCCUGGUACUGGCUCUGGUAUACCACCAAAAACUGUGUGGGGGGCCUGGCACGGAAGGCCUGGGAACGGCUGCGACUGCACCGCGUGAACCUCAUUGCGCUGCAGAGGCGCCGAGACCCUGAGCAGGUCCUGCUGCAGUGCCUGCCCCGAAACAAGGUGGAUGCCGCCCUGGUUCGGCUGCUGGAUCGGUACCGCGGCCCUGAACCCUCUGACACUGUGGAGAUGUUUGAGGGUGAGAAGUUCUUUGCGGCCUUUGAGCGGGGCAUUGAUGUAGAUGCUGACCGUCCAGACUGUGUGGACGGCAGAAUCUGCUUUGUCUUCUAUUCCCACCUGAAGAAUGUAAAGGAGGUGUACAUUACCACAACCUUGGACCGGGAAACUCAGGCUGUUCGAGGCCAGGUGUCCUUUUAUCGAGGUUCACUUCCCGAGGAGGUGCCUCAAGAGGCUGAGGCUGCCCGGCAGAGGAAGGGUAUCGAUGCACUGUGGAUGGCCACCUUGCCCAUCAAGCUACCGAGACUCCGGGGGCCCCAAGGGAGUGGACAGGGGAAUGACUUCUCCCUGAUGCCUCUAAACCUGGGUGAUGCAGAAACCGGUUUCCUGACUCAGAGCAAUCUGCUGAGUGUGGCCUCACGCCUGGGUCCUGACUGGCCAGCCGUGGCUCUGCACCUAGGCAUGCCCUACCGUGAGCUACAGCGUAUCCGGCAUGAAUUCAGGGAUGACCUGGAUGGGCAGAUCCGCCACAUGCUCUUCUCCUGGGCUGAGCGCCAGACUGGACGGCCAGAAGCUGUGGGAAACCUGGUAAAGGCCUUGGAACAGAGCGACCGGCAGGAUGUGGCCGAAGAAGUGCGUGCCAUCUUGGAGCUUGGCCGCCACAAGUACCAAGAUAGCAUCCGGCGCACAGGGCUGGCCCCAGAGGGUUCCAGUCUGCCUGGCACCUCAGCUUCACAGUCUGCCCAGGCCUAGGCUUACAGGCUUAUGCUGGCCUUUGACUUGACUUGGCCAGUGGGCAGGGCCCAUAUCCUUCUACCUCGCCUGUGUGGUACAGUGCUCAGGCAUACAAAGACUUGUCGCUGUUUAGAAAGCUUGGUUCGUUACUUACUUUUUGAGACAGGGUCUUACCGUCUAGCCCAAGCUAGCUUCCAACUCUUAGAGCACCUCAGAGAUUGAUGUACUUGAAGUGAUCUGAAGCCAAGUCCCUGUGUGUGUCCGUACUUCCUACCAUGAUGGGGCAAAGGGGCUGGAGAGAUGGCUCAGCGGUUAAGAGCGCUGUGCUCUUCCAGAGGUCCUGAGUUUGAUUCCCAGCAACCACAUGGUGGCUCACAACCAUAUGUGAUAGAAUCUGAUUUUCUCUUCUGGUGUAGUGACGUUCACAGAGAGAAAGAGCAGUUAACAGCACUGACUGGUCUUUCAGGGGAACCAGUUUCAAUUCCCAGCACCUACGUGAUGACUCAAAACAGUCUGUAAUUCCAGUUCCAAAGGAUCAGAACCCUUCCUCUCGCCUCCGCAGGCACCAGGCACACAUACGGUGCAAACAUGCAUGCAGGCAAAACAAAAUAAAUAAAAUAAAAGCUA